GGGACAAAAACAUCACUCAGUGCCUGAGCCUCACAGUCUCUGACUCUGACUCUAGCUGCAUUUUAGACAGUUAUUUCUGGUGUACUCGUGGCGACAUGAGCGGAAGAGUUGGAGACCUGAGCGUGAAACAAGCCGAAGCUUUGGCCCAGUUUCGAGAAAAGGUUCAGGAUAUUCUGCCCCAGUGUCCAUCCCAGAGUGACCAAUUUCUGCUGCGAUGGCUGAGAGCCAGGAAUUUCAAUCUACAGAAAGCCGAGGCCAUGCUGCGCAAGCAUGUGGAAUUUCGGAAAUACAUGAAAGUUGACACCAUCACUACGGAAUGGCAGGUGCCAGAGGUAAUAGAGAAGUAUCUGUCUGGUGGCAUGUGUGGCCAUGACCGUGAAGGGAGCCCAGUGUGGUAUGAUGUCGUCGGACCCAUGGACCCUAAGGGUCUGAUGCAUUCAGCGUCUAAGCAGGACUUAAUCAAGUCUAAAGUCAGAGACUGCGAGAUUCUGCAGAAAGAGUGCGACUUACAGACCGAACGGUUGGGUAGGAACAUUGAGUCCAUUACUAUGGUCUAUGACUGUGACGGUCUGGGAAUGAAGCACUUAUAUAAGCCGGCUAUAGAGACUUAUGGAGAGGUUCUCACUAUGUUUGAAGAUAACUAUCCAGAGGGACUCAAGAGAUUAUUUGUCAUUAAAGCUCCCAAACUGUUUCCUGUGGCUUACAAUCUGGUGAAACAUUUUUUGAGUGAGGACACUCGCCGUAAGGUCAUCGUACUGGGGUCAAACUGGAAGGAGUUGUUACAGAAAUACAUCGACCCUGAGGAGCUCCCAGCGUACUAUGGGGGCAAACUCACCGACCCUGAUGGUGACCCUAAAUGUAAGACCAUGAUUACGUUUGGAUCAGAGAUUCCCAGGACCUACUAUGUUCGAGACUCCAUUAAAGUGGACUAUGAUCAGUGUGUGACUAUUGGCCGUGGCUCAUCUCAUCAGGUGGAAUAUGAGCUACUUGCCCCAAACUGUGCAUUAAGAUGGCAGUUCUCGUGUGAUGGUGCCGAUGUAGGUUUUGGUGUCUAUUUGAAGAAGAAGAUAGGAGAUUGGAUGAAGGCCAGUGAUAUGAAGGAAAUUGUGCCGAAUCAACGUUACAACGCUCACCUUGUUCCAGAGGACGGAUCGCUCACCUGCCCAGAACCAGGAGUGUAUGUACUGCGAUUUGACAACACGUACAGCGUCUUUCAGUCCAAAACAGUCAGCUUCACAGUGGAGGUCCUCCUACCUAGUCAGGUCAACCAAUCAGAGCGUUAGAAAUGAUUGCAGCAAGCAAGCCGCCACGCCAGUAAAUUGAGAUUGUAAAACUGUUUAGAAACUAUUGCUCUGAAUACAGUAUAUCUGCUGUAGUUAAUAAAGGAAAUUACAAUAAUGAAGCUACUCAUGGGAAGAGGAGAGUAUGUAAUUGAACUGACCAAUCACGGCAUUAAAAUGGUGGGAUGAAAUUUGAGCUCUAGUGAUCGUCCAUCAACGUAUCUGGAUCCUGACUUCAAUGCCAGUGUUAUUCUUUACAUUUGUUUCUCUAAGAUGCAGCUGUUAUCAAGUUGAUUUGCCAUAUAUUAACCAAGUGUUAUCGUUGAACUUAUCAUUGAACUGUGGUUUAUUAAGUGUAAUAACUGUGCUGCAAAUUACUAGACUGCAACUGUCUUGGUACACAUUAUUUGAGCUUGCCCUUCUCUGCCCUCUUUAUCAUUGCCUUGUUGGUAUUUUAGCUCUUUAAAUGAAUUCCUUUUGAUAAUUAAUUAGUUUAGAUAAUGAGUCUGCACACUUUUUUUUCUCAGAAUUUAUUAAGAGGUUAAAUUAUUAUAUACUUUUGUUUAUGUUAUUGACGCACAAUCUGGAAUCCUUUUGAAAUAUAUUGUUUACAAAGAGCAUUUGGCUUGAUUCAGAGUAUGAUGUUGCUGUUUUUUAAUCUUUUUUUAUUAUAAUUUAACUUAUGAUUGCCUUUAAUUCUAAUUAAUGUUGUAAACUUUUGGUUAGUAAUGAGUUUUACCUCAGGUUCUUGUGUUUACAGUAACGUGUCCGUAUUUGAAUCCAGCAACAUGCAUCUGUUUUGUCCAUGUCUUUCUAUGAUGACCACAUUUUAUUUUGUUCGAUUUGCAUGUCCUUUUAAUAUUGAUGAAAUUUAUGAGUGAUAUUGUAUAGAUUUUUGAUUCAUUUACUAAAUAA